AGGGGAGGAUCAGCCUGCGGGGAGGAUCUCUGAACCGGGCGGUAGGAGUGAAAACGCAGCGUUAGCAGUGGAAAGUUCACUGCGACUGACUUCAGCGGAAGUGGACCUAGAGCAAAGUUUGUGUGCGCAACAGGUGUCAGUUUCUUUGUAUGGUUGUUGUGUCACUCCUUGUUUAAAGGCUUUAAAGUGGUUUGGAGAGUGGGGAGAAAGGUUUUCGUCGGUUAGCAGAGUAACAACAUGUCAGAUCUCCGACCCAGACUGUGUGUGCUGGAGAAAGGUCCCAGCGGCUACGGGUUCCACCUGCACGGAGAGAAGGGCAAGACCGGGCAGUUUAUCAGGCUCGUGGAGCCCGACACUCCCGCCUCCGCAGCCGGACUUCUCGCCGGUGACCGCCUGGCAUACGUGAACGGGGAGAGCGUGGAGGGGGAGAGCCACCAGCAGGUGGUCGCGAGGAUACGGGUCACCACCGGGCCCCUAGAGCUCAUCGUGGUGGACUCCGAUACGGCCGAGCUUCUUCAGCAGCUCGACCUGCAGUGCCGGAAAGAAUUCGUCACGGAGGGGAUUCCCGUGCCCGGCGGGGACAGCGACUCAGACCGCGGGGACACGCGAAGCAACGGCACCCCGAGGGAGUCCACCCCGGCUCCGCGUGAGAACGGGGAUGCUUCCUCGGAGAGUUCGGAGAGGCUGAGUGUGAACUCCAGCACCAAGGAGGAGAGAGGUGGGCUGCGGCCUCGUCUCUGCCACCUGAAGAAGGGAGCCAGCGGCUACGGCUUCAACCUGCACAGUGAGAAGACCAGACCAGGCCAGUUCAUCAGAGCUGUGGAUGAAGACUCUCCAGCACAGAGAGCGGGCCUCAGGCCACAGGACAAGAUCAUCCAGGUUAAUAGUAUGUCGGUGAUGGGCAUGCAGCACUCAGAGGUGGUGGCAGCCAUCAAAGCAGGAGGAGACGAGACCACGCUGCUGGUGGUCGAUGCCGAGACUGAAGAAUUCUUCAAGAGAUGCAACGUCCUGCCCACCGAGGAACACGUCACCGGAAAUCUUCCCGAGCCAGCUUCAGAGAGAGCAUCAGAGGAGGAGGUAGCAGCAGCGGCUGCAGCACCACCGAUGAAGCCUAAAGUGUCUGUGAGCUCGUCAUCCUCCAGUGCCUCCUCCAACGCCUCCCUGCCAGCUGCAACCGCCAGCUCCUCCCCUCCAGAGGUCGAAAGAGCCGCAGAGCCGGCCCCAGCUGCCGACAACCUGGGUCUGGGCAUGUCACUGGCCCAGGCUAAAGAAAGAGCCCGUCAGAAACGAGCCGCCAAGAAAGCCCCGUCCAUGGACUGGAGCAAGAGGAACGAACUGUUCAGCAACUUAUAAACACCACCACCAUUAUCAUCAUCAUCAUCAUCAUCAUAUCACCAUCAUCAUCAUCAUAUCAUGUCCAUCUCACUCAAACUUGUCAGUACUGCCCUGUGUCUGGUCUCUGGAUUUUGUUUUUACGUUGUCACGCUGUGUAUGAAAGUCACAGUGUUCAUUUAGAGCAUUUUAAACUCCCAUGUUGAACAGUAUUAUAUGAUGAUUUUAUUUGUUUUAAUUUAGGGUUUUGCCGCUUUUCUUUGAUGUCACACACAGGAAUGAAUGUUAAUAUAUUCAGAAGAAUGUUUAAAAGCAAAUAGUAAUGUACAGUUUCUCAUAUGAAAAGGUCCAUGGAAGGACUAAUCGGGGCCGAUUUUGUGUCUGAUUAAUCUACAGUUUAAAUGAAUAUCAGAUCAGAUUGACGUCUGCAAUCAGUAACUACAAUGAAAAGAUAUCCACUUUCUCUUGUCGGGAUUUGAAUUAUAUACCGAAUAACUCUGCUGGGCCCUUUUCGCCAACAUUCCAUGACAAUCUAUUUGAACACCAUCAGUAUGUUCAAAUCUUAAGAUGGUUGAAGGGACUGUAGUGUUUAGAAAGAUGGACGCUCUAGUAGCCUUAAUGGAACCAAUUCUUCAUGUCUGUCCAUCCAGUUUUCUUUCCCUUCAGGGUUUCUGUCAUGAUCUAUAAUUACAGAUUAUUUUUUCAUGUAGCUCCUGAUAGAUUUGUACAUACAUGAAUAAAUGAUUUAAGAGGAAAUUUUAUUUUGACUGGAGUGAAAUGAA